UCCAUUGAGCAAACAGUCUCCUAUUAACAAAGUUGACUUGGAAACACUGUUUUGGCUUCCCUUCUCAACUCUGCCGUUUGCAUUUUCAGACAACUAUGGCCGAAUCAUUUCUCUUCAGCAUCGCAGAGUCACUCAUAGCAAAGCUUGCUUCUCGUGCCUUUGAAGAAGCUUCUCGAGUGGUGGGUUUAUAUGACGAUCUUCGAGACCUUACAAACACUCUCUCUUUAGUCAAGGAUGUGCUGUUAGAUGCUCAGCAAAAGCAGGAGCACAACCAUGAGCUCCGCCAAUGGCUCACUCAACUCAAAACCGCCUUUUCCGAUGCCGAAGAUGUUUUGGAUGAAUUUGAGUGUCAAACACUGCAAAAGAAAGUGGUCAAAGCUCAUGGUAGUAGGAAAGACAAGGUAAGUCACUUCUUCUCAACUUCUAAUCCACUUGUUUUUCGUUACAAAAUGGCUCAACAAAUUCAACGUAUCAGCACCAGACUAGACAACGUUGCAACUAAUAGGAAUAAGUUUACUCUUGAAAGAAUUGAGGUUGACACACGUGUUGUUCAUCGGAGAGAUAUGACACACUCCCGUGUGAGUGAUUCAAAUGUGAUAGGAAGGAAAGACGAUAAAGAAAAGGUCAUAGAGCUUUUGAUGCAGCAGAAUCCUAAUGAUGAUGAUACAAGUCUCUCUGUUAUCCCCAUUGUGGGGAUUGGAGGCUUAGGAAAGACUACGCUUGCGAAGUUUGUGUUCAAUGACAACAGGGUCCAGGAAUACUUCCCCUUAAAGAUGUGGGUGUGUGUUUCUGAUGACUUUGACAUUAAACAAAAGAUUAUAAAAAUCAUCAAUUCUGCCAAUGAUUCAAUAUCUGAUGAUGCUCCUUCUCACCAACCGAAUUGGAACAUGGUGGAUCUGGAACAACUGCAAAAUCAACUCAAAAACAAACUUUCCGGUCAAAAGUUCUUACUCGUAUUGGACGAUGUAUGGAACGAAGACCGUGUUAAAUGGGUUGAGUUGCGGGAUUUAAUCCAAGUAAGUGCAGCAGGAAGUAAAAUUCUUGUGACUACACGUAAUCCUUCAAUUGCUGCCAUGAUGGGCACUGUUCCCUUUCACCUUUUAAAAGGUCUUUCUGAUGAAGAUUUGUUGUCUCUCUUAGUCAAAUGGGCAUUUAAAGAAGGAGAAGAGGAAAAACAUCCUCACUUAGUAAAUAUUGGGAGAGAAAUAGUGAAAAAAUGCGGAGGGGUUCCUUUGGCAGUGAGAACAUUAGGGAGUUUACUAUUCUCAAAAUUUGAGGCUAGUGAAUGGGAAUACGUGAGAGACAAUGAAGUUUGGAAUUUGUCUCAGAAGAAGGAUGACAUUUUACCUGCCCUUAAAUUGAGUUAUGAUCUUAUGCCGUCCUAUUUGAGGCAAUGUUUUGCAUUGCUUUCCCUUUACCCAAAGGAUUAUUUAUAUAAUAGUUAUGAAAUAAGUUGGCUUUGGGGGGCACUUGGACUCAUUGCACUACCAAAAACGAAUAGAACACGUGAAGAUAUGGCCAAUCAAUAUUUGCAUGAACUUAUGUCAAGAUCCUUUCUUCAAGAUUUUGAAAACUAUGGCACUAUGUACGGUUUCCGAAUACAUGAUUUGGUGCAUGAUCUCGCCCUAUUUGUUGCAAUGGAUGAUUGCCUACACGUGAAUUCCAACAUUCAAAAUAUUCCCGAUAAGGCUCGACAUCUGUCUUUUGUUGAAAGCAGUUUGUUCAGCAAUUUAGUCACCAAAAAAUCAGCAGCUGUGAGAACCGUAUUGUUUCCAAAUGGUGUAUCAACUGCCAACUGUGAAUCUAUACUUAAGACGUGUAUGACAAAGUUCAAAUGCUUGCGAGUUUUGGAUUUAACUGGUGCGACAUUUGAGACUUUGCCUCGUAACAUUGCCAAGUUGAGACAUUUGAGAUAUCUGAACAUUAGCGAAAAUCCCAACAUUAAGAGACUCCCCGAAUCUAUUUGCAAGCUCCAAAGUUUGCAAGCGUUGAUGCUUGACGGAUGCAUGGAGCUGGAAGCAUUGCCCAAAGGAUUAAGAAAACUGAUCAGUCUCCGGGAUUUUUCGUUUUCCACAAAGCAAACUGUUUUCCCUGUGAAUGAGAUCGCCAAAUUAAGGUCGCUUGAAUUCUUGAUUGUUGAAUCAUGCCAUAAUGUGGAGUCAAUCUUUGGAGGGGUGAAAUUCCCUACUCUUAAGACUUUGUUCGUUUCAAACUGUCAGAGUCUGAAGUCUUUGCGGUUGGAUGAUCAAAAUUUUCCUGAAUUAGAAACAUUGGUGGUUGACAAUUGCAACAAUUUGGACUUGGAAAUGUGGAAUGGUCACAAUGAAGAAGAAAGUUCCAAGAUGAAGUUAAAACUUGUUGCCUUUUCUGGUUUAUCACAGCUGGUGACCUGGCCUAAAUGGCUUCAGGAAGCUGCUAACUCUUUACAGAGCUUGCUUGUUUUAAAUUGUCCCAAUAUCAAAACACUUCCAGACUGGCUGCCAACUCUGACUAAUCUUAAAGCACUUACUAUAAGAAAUUGUCCAAAGUUGGUAUCUCUCCCGGAUAAUAUGCAUCACCUCUCCGCACUUGAAAAUUUAAGGAUCGAAGGUUGUGCCGACUUAUGUAAAAAAUAUGAGUCCUAUAUCGGAGAGUUUUGGCCCAAAAUAUCACACAUCAAAAACAUAUACAUCAAUGGACCAGAAGCCUAACAAGAAUUAGAUGUAUAACAAGACCCAAUUUGAAGUCCCUUAUUUUCUUUGUUUAUUAUUUUGUUAAAGUGUUUUUCCAUAUUUGGGGCUUUGUAAUGCAUUUCAAUUUAGAAGACCUCCAUGACGUUGUUAUGUAACAGUGCUGGGUUUAUUUUUUUAUUUUUGUUCCUUUUGUCUUGUCGAUCAUUAAUAUUAUUAUUCACAAACUUCAGUAUUUCAUUUAUAUCGAAGAUAAAUAAAAUAGUCUGC